AAAGAACACUUAGUGCAAAACUUAGCAAGUGGUGGGAGCGUGGGAGACGUCUCACUUGGGAAAGAGCUAUGAACAAAAUGCAUAUUAAUGCCAACUCGGGAUUCUACAUGGAACUUAUUGAGUUAGAAGAGUUUUUACGGGAGCCGCCGUCUGGCUUUAAGGUAGAAGUCCGAGGUUCGGGAUACAGGUUUGUAAGAUACGAUCCGGGAAGCUUCUGCGUGUUUAUAGAUGAGUGCAACUCUGCAAAAGGGAAAGUCCUCUUUCAGCAUUCUCCAGGAAGGAUAAUCACAGUGCAUUCGUUAAAAGAUUAUACGGACCUGAGGAAAAGGCUUACGUCACAGUUAAUUUUUAUCCUGGUUUCGGUUUGCGAGCUCAAUCCAGCGCUGAAGACGAAAAGCGAGAAAGCGGCUGAAGUGCUACAACAAUUCAUUGUGGUCAUUAAUGGCAGAAACCCUGUGGUUAAGUGGGAGAUUGAGAGAGGCCUAGACCAGGCUAUUUCAUCAGUGGCCGGAGAAAGCUAUGCAGUGCAAAUGGAUGUGGAAGACGCGCUACAGAGCUGGGCGGAUAAGAGGGGGUUUGAAAUCCCUCUUGAGGGCAGGAGAGUGAAACCCCUCUGGCAGCAUACCAAUAUCACACUGAGGUACCACUCCGAUGCCCUCUUUGACUUCCCAUUUUGGCUUGGCUUAAGCAAGCGGAAGUUCACGCUAGAAGGAGAGCUUUCUCACGUCACCAGUAAGGACAAACAGGAGAAGACGGCAGAAGAGGGUUUUCUUUCUGUUUCCUUAGACCCGGAUGUGCAGAAAAAGCAAUAAACAGUUUUUCACUUACUUUUCGAGCAGCCUGUCAAUUAGGCCUUUUCAGGCUGGGUGUCAACCCACAUUCACAGACACAUGCCAAGCCUUCUUGGCGCCUGCUCAGAAACUGUCAGCCGAUCCCUCUGUUUCCAGUCAGAAGAUGAGAGUUUGGACAGACUCGUGUUUCCAUGCCAUGGAGAUCUCAUCCAUUGUCUUUUUUUUUCUCUUCCAAAACAUUUGCAAAGGCCUCUUGUGAAUGUUGGGAUUCUCUGUCAGUUUUUUCCCCCUCCUCCUUACCUGUCCAGUGCAGUGGUCUUCCAACUCGGCAUUCAUCACCCUCCAUCACUAGGGUUCUGCUUGCAAGAAAUGUUGCAGCCGUCACUUUAAUUGGUGAUUAUUCAGAAAGCCUUUUUGUUUAAAUAUUCGCAGUAGUGUACCAGGCCCUCCCACAACACUGCCCUGGCUGCCUCUUUGAUUUUAUAACUCCUCUGUGCAUGUCUGGCAACUGACAUCGCCUAAGACUGGGCUGGUUUAAUUCAUCCAUGCCGAUAGGAGCUACAUGUGGGAGUAUGUUUUCUCCUGUAUAGCAGUCUUCCCCAGAUAGUGUUCAAA